GAGAGUCGGGCUUUGCUCACUGGUGCCUGGGGACCGGAGCAGGGGCCGUGGGCACACACUGAAACGCUGCCUGAGCAUAAGGGAUCGCUUUUCUCUAAGGGUGGCUGAGCACACGCUGGCCAGGGAGACGCUGGAGUGUUUCUCCUUGGAGUUAUUCAAAGGCUACCUGGACAUAGUCCUGGGAAGCCAGCUUGGCUUGUCCCUGCUCGAGCAAGGGAGCGGGACCUCCAGGGAUCCCUGACAACCUAAACCAUCCUGUGACUCCUGAACCCUUUCUGAAGCUUUGCUGCAGGUGCUGUGCUCACAGCUCAAAGUUACACAGGUUGCUAGGAUCUGUAUUCACCCACUGAUUAAAAGACACUUUGGUAUUUUUAACAGAGGCUGUGAUUGUUCUGAAGAACUCAGACUUUGGAGUUCACAGUGAAAAGCUCAGGUUUAUUCUAUAUGGCACGGUUGAUUACCCACUGAGAGCACAUCAAUGGACUUGGAAGCUAAAGAUGAAGAGGAGGAGAGUUUACAAACAGCAUUCAAAAAGCUGAGAGUGGAUGCAGCAGGAUGUAUUGCAGCUCUGUCCGUGGGCGACGGGAUGAUUCUCAGAACAACGACAAGAGCAGCCAUGGAUGGAGCCAAGCAGCAGACUGCCAGCUCCAAGGAAGCGUGGCAUGGGUGUGUGAGAAAGCCUUCCCGAGGAUCGGCAAGGGUCCCGCGGCGCCGGCGCUCCAAGUCUCCGGUCCUGCACCCUCCCAAGUUCACCUAUUGCAACAUGAAAGCCAACAACCAGCUGAAACACAGACCCCAGGCAGACACUUCAAAGGGUAUCGUCGGCUCAGAUGUUUUUGUCCCAGCAGAACAUGGCACGAAGGACGGGCAGGAUUCUCACCUUGAGGCCAGUAACGACAGAACUGAACCGUUGGAAGCUUUCACUGCCGAAGAGCCUUUGCAGAAGAGGGGGGAGAAUUGCCCUGCUCUCUCCUCAUCCUUUGAGAACAGCUUGCGUUCUAAGCAAACCUCAGAUUUCCAGUCCUUAUCCAUGCUUAGCAAGGGCAGGCAGUGCCCUUGUACGGACAAGAAGUGCCAGUGCAAGCAGUGGUGCACCAUGGAGGUGUACUCCUUCUCCGGUCUGCGGAGCGUCCUGUCCGAGUGCGAGAAGGCAGUCCUGGGAGUCCAUGCCCACUCCCUCCAGAACAGAUCUCCCUCUGGGACAGCCUCAGCAGGCUCUCACAGGUCUUGUUCUGAGCAAGCUCGAGCCUUUGUGGAUGACGUGACUAUUGAAGAUCUUUCGGGAUACAUGGAAUACUACUUAUAUAUUCCCAAGAAAAUGUCUCACAUGGCGGAGAUGAUGUAUACUUGACUGUAAGCAAUAGAGAAUCCUGAAGCAGAGUUUGUUACAAUGGUUGGGCUAAUUGCCUUGUCAGUGCCAUGUUUUCACUGUUGUGUGUUUGAUUAAAUGUUUCUUUGCCUCAUACAGUUUAGUUUUCUAAUAAAAUGAAAAAUUAAAUAUAGUUUCUGAGCUUAGUUCUAAAAAGAAUGCACUAAAGUCUCUGAAUACCUUAACAAAAGCACACUAGAUCAAAUGAGCUCUGUUUGGUUUUUGGUUUGUGCUGUGAAUAUUGAAGCUCUGUAUGCUGUUUUCACUAUGUUUUGGAAAAAGCCCAAACAAAACCAAAAAACUUGUAGGUUGGUUUUUUUUUUGCUGAUAUUUUGAAGUGUUUGGAAUGUUCAUUCUUAAUGUAUCUCAGUACUUAGAGAAAAGUUUCACAGCUACAGCUCCAUCCUCCUUAUCCUGCUCUAGAGAGAAGGAUGAGAAGGCAUUCAGCAUUUUGGAUAGGAUGAAUCUCCUUUCCUUUAACACUAGCUGGCUCCUUUUUUAUUUGGAUCAAGUUGUGAAUGCUUCUUCCUUAGGAAUUUUUUGGGAGGUCCAGAACAUGCGGGUGUGUACUUGGACCCUUCCUCAAUCUAACUCGCUCACUCUUAAGCAGUUCUAUUUUUCUGCAGAUAAGUGAAGCUCUUAGAAGUAAAGAUAUAUUUUGUUAUUUGUGCUUUACAGAUGGAAUAAUUUAGGGGGAAGUGAAGCAGGCUAUCAGGUUUUUUUGGGCUGUGCGGUCUCAGAAGUGGAGAGGCUUGAACCAUCUAUACAGGAUGUUCCUGAGCACAUCUGAUACACAAAGUGGUGUGGAAAGGGGGUGAAAAAGAUGUGUGUAUCAUCCUGGCUUUGUGCUGUAGAGCUAUGACAUUCCUGCUGGUUGAAAAUACUGCAAUAAAAAAUUCUGUUGCCGAGACUUGCAUUAAUAAAUGUUUGUCAAAACCCAG